AUGUUCGUGUUGAACUGCAUUGCAUUGACGAUUCUGGUGACUUUGGUAUUCACAAAGGAUUUCCAUGAUGUUGAAAGAAGAAAGAGAGCAGCUCCCUCAGAUGCCCCUUGGAAAACUUUUGUCGCCCAAAACUUGCAGUUCGGCGACCAUGACUUCUAUUCUACUCUCUUUGUAGAAGUUCAAAAAAGCGUGCCUCGGAGUUUCGUAUACGGGAAAUAUUACAGGAUACCAUUUGCAAAAUUGACGGCACUACCAUGA